AUCAAGUAUGGCUCUUCAGAGGCUGUGGUGGGGACAAGGAGAGGCUGGGAGUGGGACGGAGAUGAUGGAUCUGCCAUAAUACAGAUCCACUUACUAUUGGCCUUCCUUUGAAGGCUGCCUCAGCUCUAAGGCUGGAGUGGUAGGGAACCAUUCUAAGGGUAUGUCUACACUACCUGCCGGAUCGGCGGGCAGUGAUCGAUCCAGCGGGGAUCGAUUUAUCAUGUCUAGUCUAGAUGCGUUAAAUCGACCCCCAAGCUCUUUAUCAUCAACUCCUGUACUCCACCGCCGCGAGAGGCACAGGCAGUCGAUGGGGGAGUGGCAGCAGUCAACUCACUGCAGUGAAGACACCACGGUGGUGAUGGUAUGGACUCAGUAACGAAGAAAACCAAACGGGAUGGAACAGAAGUCACCGAAAGACUUAUUACAGAGUCAGUAACCACAAGACUGACGUCCUUACCACCAAAAGGAGGGAGCGGCACAGGGCACAAAACAGCCCACGGCGGAGGGAGUGGAAUGGAAAAGAGGACUUUCACCCAUGGCAGCAGCUACGUGACUUCAAGUGGAAGUGGUCGAAUGAAUUCGUCCUCCUCCUCUGGCUACAGGCAAACCCCUUCUCCCUGCUCUACUCUCCCCAAAUCACCUGGCUCAACCUUUGAAAGAAAAACCUAUGUCACCCGCAAUGCAACAUAUGAAGGGAGCUCCAGUGCAAAUUCUUCUCCUGAAUUCCCUAGAAAAGAGUUCGCAUCGUCCAAUACCAGAGGGCGGAGUCAAAGCCGAGAGAGCGAAAUCCGAGUACGACUCCAGAGCGCUUCUCCCUCGACCAGAUGGACGGAGCUGGAUGAUGUGAAGCGUUUGCUGAAGGGGAGUCGAUCGGCCAGCGUCAGCCCCACACGAUCGUCAUCCAGCACUCUCCCCAUCCCCAAGAAAGCUGUAGUGGAAACGAAGAUGGUGACUGAGAGCUCCCAGUCAGUGUCGGGGACAUACGACACAACCAUACUGAAUGCCGCCCUCCCUCCAUACAUGUGGUCCUCCACCCUGCCUGCAGGGUCUUCCCUUGGCAGUUACCACAACAACAUGGCCCAGGGCUCUUCCCUGGUCAACACCAUGUCCCAUUCAACAGGAUCAGUGUUUGGCGUCCCAAAUAACCUGGCUCCCGGCUCUCCCACUCUGAACACAGGGCUGAGCAGUUCCUCAACAGUGUUUGGUGUUCAAAACAACCUGGCUCCAAGCUCUGCAGCUAUGACUCAUAGUGCAACCACAGCCUCCACAGUAUACGGAGUGAAGAAAAACACUUCCCAGAGCACUGGUAUGGCUGGUAGUGGAGUGUGCACUUCAGCUGUUGGCAGCACUGUGAACUCCCAGAGUGAUGACAUCCUGCGUAAAGACUGCAAGUUCCUGCUGCUGGAGAAGGAGAACGUCCCUGCCAAGAAGGAGAUGGAGCUCUUGAUCAUGACGAAGGACAGCGGCAAGGUCUUCAGUGCUUCCAGCACGGGGCUCAGUGGAACGUCCUUUGCAGAAGACACCUUGAAGAGAGAAAAGCAGGGCUUCUCUUCCUCUUACGCUGCAGACUCCUACCUGAAAUCUGAAACAAAUGGAGGUCUAAAAUCCGUGUCAACAAAGGACAAAGCAACUUACGCAGAAAUUGGAGGCGAUCAUGGAGGGGGAGGGAUAGGGGCAGCCCCAGCUUGGUGUCCCUGUGGUUCCUGCUGUAGCUGGUGGAAAUGGCUCCUGGGUUUGCUCCUGGCGUGGCUGUUCCUCCUUGGAUUGCUCUUCGGACUCAUCGCUUUGGCGGAAGAAUUGAAGAAGCUGAAAUCUCGUGUGGAAAACCUGGAGAAAACCCAAGCCAACUACCUGAUAAUUAAUCCACACGAUGGGGAUAUUAACCAACAGUACCGUAUUUCUGAUGUCGGGAAAAGUCCAGACUAUGCUACAGGUUUCAGUCAUAAAGAUCAAGAGGCUCUCUGGCUGUUUAUGAGGAGCAAAAUGGCUUUGGAAAGAGGACAAGGUUUCUUCCGAGGGGAGAAAGGGGAUCCUGGUCUGAAAGGCGAUAUGGGAAUGCAAGGUCCCAAAGGAGAUCGAGGACUUCCUGGUGCACCAGGCAUCCCAGGUUCGAUUGGGCACCCAGGACCAGAGGGACCAAAAGGACAGAAAGGCAGCAUGGGUGAUCACGGCAUGGAGGGACCCACGGGCCAAAGAGGGCGAGAAGGGCCACCAGGGCCUCGUGGGGAACCUGGACUACCUGGAUUUGGGGAGAAAGGAGACAGAGGUGCUGUUGGUGAUCAGGGACCUGCAGGACUGCCUGGGCCACCAGGGUCUGUUGGCCUCAAAGGCAUGACAGGUUCUCCUGGCCCACAAGGUCCACCUGGUUCUCCUGGUCUUCAAGGAUUUAGAGGUGAAGCAGGUCUCCCAGGGGCCAAAGGUGAGAAAGGAGCUUUGGGAACACCCGGACCCAAAGGUGAACAUGGAGAGAAAGGACCUCGUGGUCUGACAGGCGAGCCAGGCUCAAGAGGAUUGCCUGGUCUUCCAGGGGAGCCAGGAGCUAAAGGAUCCGUAGGUCCAGCUGGCCCCGAUGGACACCAAGGCCCAAGAGGGGAACAAGGUCUCAUGGGAAUGCCAGGAUUGCAAGGACCGCCUGGACCCACUGGAGAUGCAGGACAGCCAGGUCUCACAGGACCGCAGGGACCCCCAGGACUCCCAGGCAACCCCGGUCGACCAGGGGCUAAAGGUGAACCUGGUGCUCCCGGCCGAGUUAUAACUGCUGAGGGCUCGUCGACUAUUGCUCUCCCUGGCCCUCCAGGUCCACCAGGAGCAGUCGGCCCACCGGGCCCACCUGGUGUCCCAGGUCCUGUUGGGCCAGCUGGUCUCCCCGGACUGCAAGGUCCACGUGGCGAGAGAGGGCUCGCAGGUGAAACCGUUAUGGAAACCAUCAGAUCAGAAGUUGCAACUUCAUUAUCUCAAAUUUCAUCAGAUUUACUGGGACGAGCAGGCCUCCCCGGCCCUCCAGGACCCCCAGGUGCUUCCAUCCAGGGACCACCCGGACCUCGCGGCCCAGCAGGAGAAGGAUUACCAGGCCCGCCAGGCCCACCAGGAAGACCAGGCUCCUUCGUGCCCAACUCAGAAACAUUCUUCGCAGGCCCACCAGGCCCACCAGGGCCAAAGGGAGACCAAGGUUCACCAGGCCCACGAGGAUUCACAGGUGAACCAGGUCAGCCUGGCCUCCCAGGAAUCUCUGCUUCAGGUGCUGGAGUCGCCAUCCAGGGACCUCCCGGACCCGCAGGGCCCCGAGGACCCAAAGGAGACAAAGGUGAUGCAGGCGUGCCAGGGGCUCCCGGCAUCCCAGGAGGGUCUUCAACAGGUGGAUCUUCAAACUCAAGACACAGCCAGGGUCCACCAGGUCCUCCUGGCCCUCGCGGUCCCCCAGGCCCAGCUGGAGGCUCACGGCAGGAGAUUCAGCAGUAUGUGGCGGAGUACUUGCAGAGUGACACCAUUGGGCGUUAUCUGAUUGGCCCUCAAGGCCCACCAGGACCCCCUGGGCUACCAGGAAUCAUCACCACCAUUGACGGACAAUCCUUGGACUAUGCCGAGCUGGCCAAGCGUGUUAUGAGCUCCAUGACGAGCUCCGGUUACAAUAUUGAGAUGUCGAGCUCUUCAUCCUCCUCCUCCUCAAGAUUCCUGACUUACGAAGACAUCCUGACCAUGCUGCAGAGAGAAGAAGUUCGUCAGUAUCUAGUUGGACCUCAGGGGCCCCCAGGCCCGCCUGGACCUGGAGGAGAUGGCUUGGCUCUGUCACUGAACUAUGAUGAGUUGACCAGCCGGGUUAUAAGCUACAUAACAAGCUCUGAAUUUAGUGGCAUUGUUGGACUGCCAGGGCCACAGGGACCCCCUGGAGUUCCAGGAGCCCCAGGAAUCCCCGGAAUGCCAGGUAGCUCUCUCUCCACAUUCAGCCUAGAGGACGUCACCUCUUACCUGCAAAGUGUGGGAUACGCUUCCGUCUCUGGACCCCCAGGACCCCCAGGACCUCCAGGGCCACCUGGGCCACCAGGUCUGUCAGGAACUGGCCACUUCUCCUACACUGACAACGUGCUGAGCGACACAUUUAGGAGCGAGCUGAUCCAAUAUCUAACCAGUGAUGAUGUUCGAAGGUUCAUCUCAGGGCCUCCCGGGCCCCCCGGACCUAUGGGACCCCCAGGGCCCAAAGGAGAUAGCGGCCUCAUGGCUGGGUCCUAUGGAGGAUCCCUGGGUGCAGGAGGAUCAUAUGAUGGAUCCCUGGGUGCAGGAGGAUCAUACGGUGGCGCCAUGGGCAGCGAUGGGUCAUACGGUGGCUCAAUGGGUGCAGGCGGAUCAUACAGCGGAUCCCUGGGAGGAGAAAGAGCAGACAGGAGAUCCAUGAGUUCGAGCGGAUCCUACAGCGAGUCAUUCGUCGGAUCGCUGGAUUACAAUGAGCUGGCACUUCGGGUGUCGGAGAGCAUACAGAGCCGAGGCCUCCUCCGGGACAUGGUCACUUACGCCACACAAGGGCCGCCAGGACCCCCAGGGCCGCCUGGGAUCAGCAGGGUGUUUGCAAACUAUGGCAACGUCACUGAGGACCUCGUGGACUUCUUCAGAACAUAUGGUACCAUCCCAGGGCCACCUGGUCCGAAGGGAGAGAUGGGCUACCCAGGGCCCAGAGGUGAGGCUGGACCAAUGGGGCCUCCAGGACCCCAAGGACCCAGAGGCCCGAAGGGGGAGAAAGGAGAGAAAGGUGAACAAGUAUUUGUUGGCAGAAGAAAAAGAAGAAGCGUUGGGGUCUAAGUUAAGCACCAGGAUCAGUAUUCCAUACCGCGGGAUCCACAACCACCAUUUUGGAAUCCAAUAGAGAAUUAGCCUGAGUCUUAUUGGCUUCCUGCUAGAACACCUUCCUAGUCAGUCAACUAACCACAUAGACUUGGUAGUUCAGGAUGUGUCUUUUCUUUUUAUUUGAUGUUGUUGGGCUUUGAAUGACUCUAAUUUGUACGUGUCCAACACAGAACUACCAGGUGAGAAUAUGCUCCCAUUCGUUUGCAGUGCAUUAACGCCCCCCACACUGUCCGCUGAUGAGAAGUGUAUUCAAGUUCCCGCAUUCAUAUAUUAGGUCUUGUAAGGAUUUCCUUUGUCACCAAUCCAAGUGUCUUGCAUUAGUGCCAGACUUAGUUAAAUACAGUGAAACCUGCUUUAACCAACUACUCAAGCCUCCUGGAAAAGAAAAAUCCAGCAUCCUGGAGAUUAAGGCAGCGAGCAGUUUUUCUGAAAUCAGAAUCUGAGCCAAGGUUUUGAACUGAAGCUUGGACAAAAGUGAAGUAGGUUGUCUCAAGACACUGGGGUGAUAUCCUUCAUAAGGGUUUCAGUGUACUUCCCACCAGUCGCUGUUGAAUGGCUAUGGAGCAUCUCUUCAUUCUGCUGUGUUCGAUAGCCAUGUUGGGUGGUCUGAUCAGCAAGCGCACUUAAUGAAAGCAGCAAGGUAAGGAACUAGGCCAAACUUCUGCAAGGAUCAGGAUUUCUUGGAGGGGAAACAGGUGGAUGGAGGCAAUCGUGGAAUUCUCUGUAGUCGUCGACACUCAAAACCUGGGGUGCAGUUAUGCUGUCAAAAACUGGAAUACGUAAUUCACCAGGAAUGGAAGCGGGAGUGUAAACAGAACUCAGACACUUGAGCGCACAGUGAGAGAAAUAUCUGAUCCCUGUCUAUGUUACAGCUUCCCACCUGCACAGCUGCAAUGGUGGGACGUUACCAUUUGAUUAUUAUCAAGGUAGAUGCACCACUUAUACAUUUCAAAACCAUUUUCUUGGCAUCGCCCAUAAAUGCAUUUGGAGUUUGUUGAUAAGUCCAUGUGAUUAUGCACCAGAAAUGGCUACCACAUCUUGUCCUUUUAUAGGCCAAUGGUACAAAGGGAGUUCAUAUGACACUACCACAUAUUGACACAUGAACACACACAGGGUGGGCGCCCAUACACUAUGCAGGUCACGUUGCCAAAUACUCUUUUAAUUUCAAUUGCUAACAGCAUUGCCAAGAUGUGAAGGGUGUGGGGCGAGUUCGAACUUAAGCACUUUUGUUAAAACAUAAUUUGUUGAUUUUUAAAAAAAAUAUUUUUAUAUGGUUUUUUUACGUUGGGGGGAAAAUAUUGCAUUUUUAAUGUAAACCUCUCAAUUAAAGUGUGUUUUUUAACCCUGUGUUCUCCGGAGCAAGCUUACAUUUGGAAAUCAACACUAGACUCGGUGUCACAAUGGGUAGACACAUCUAACAACGUCAGGGUACAUUGUCUCAAACAAAGCACAACACAGCAUGCGGCAGGAUGGUAACUCUGGGCACAGCUGAAGAACCAGGCCUGUUUUCUGCACAUCCAUCUCAUCAUGGAGAAUUAUCAAUGUGAGCGUUCUUUGUGCCAAGCCGUCACUGUCCUAAUUGAUUGUACACUGAACAGUCAACCUAAACAGCCAACUGUCUGCUGACUGAGCACGUGAUUUCCAUUAAUGUUAGCAGGGAAUUACACACAUGGCUCAAGGGGAGAAUGGCCCCUUUGCCCCGCUGACAUCGUCUUCAUUUCUUCAGCAAUCUGAUUAUUUCAAAAUCUUAAAUUUAUCACAUCAUUGCAGGGCUAAUUUGGCUGGCGAGGGGCCAGCAAAACUGGCCAUGUGAUGGCUUAACUAGAAGGACUUGAACUACAGAAAUUAAAGAGCCAGUCAUUUUAAGGCUGACUUGUAUGCAGUUUUCCAUUUGACACACACAGUUUCACGUCGCCAUUUUCAUUGUGGGACACUUCAAUCGCAACCCCCCCCCCCCCCCACACACACACUCUAUCUGGUAGGGUAUACUCACUUCCAGAAUUACUCUGUGGAUAAUCCCAUGGAUAUAUGCUAGCAAAUGCUGAUUUUCGUCCAUUUAAAGGUGUUAGACUAGAACUGGGAGCUUAUCUGCUAGACAGGUUUGGUAUCUGAGCUUCAUAGACACAAUCAUAUAUCUUACUGAAACCAACCUUAUUUUCAUUCAAAGCUUAAACACCAGCCAUCGGUGUCAUUCAUUAACUCUAGUGAAGGCCAUGCUACAAAGCUGAUUUUAGCUGGUCCAUUUAUUUCCUGUGUCAUUUUGUUCUGAGGGUUUGGAACAAGGGCUGUGUUGAACAGGCCGGCUUUCUGCAUACACAGAAGCUUGCAAUGUUUUUAAAUAAAUAACGUCUACUAUUGGGUU